UUUGCUGCGGUGGAGAAGAGCCAUACACCAAGGACCACCUAUAUUUUACUCGGAGUGGAGUCAACUUAAAUACACAUCAAUUUUCUUAUCCAAAUUCCAUUUUUAAUAACUGCGACUAUUCUCAAUUUUCUGUGUGUGAGCUGCGUCUUCAGUGAUCAUUCCAUGAUUUUACCAUUCUAAUGUAGGUGUGCCAAAUUAAUCAGAAGAAUGGCAAUGAUGAAGAAAGUUUAAAUUGAAAGACAUCAACACACAUCAAGAUUAUUUCUAACCAUUUACUCAAUCAGUUGUUAGUGGUUGAGUGUACAUUUCAUAGGUAUUGCAUGGACCAACAUUAUUAUUGUCAAAGAAAAAUGGAUCCCUUGUUCACCACGACUGAUUUGCCAUUGCUAUUCAAUUGGACAAACGCGUCAGGGGUCAAUGGAACUGAGCAAGACGGGAACCAGUUUGUGCAACCAGUUUGGAGAAUUGUUCUAUGGGCAUUCGCCUACAGUUGCAUGGUUACUGUGUCUCUGGUGGGGAACGUCGUAGUAAUAUGGAUCAUUAUGGCGCACAAACGAAUGAGAACUGUGACCAACUAUUUUCUGUUGAACCUGGCGUUUGCAGAAGCGUCUAUGUCAGCCUUCAACACCGUUAUCAACUUCGUCUAUUCCGUCCACAAUGAGUGGUACUUCGGGCUGAUGUACUGCCGCUUUCACAACUUCUUCCCCGUCGCUGCUGUCUUCGCUAGUAUCUACUCUAUGACUGCGAUAGCGGUGGACAGGUACAUGGCCAUCAUCCACCCCUUGCAGCUGCGCAUGUCGUCCACAGAGACCAAGGUGAUCGUGGGGGUGAUCUGGGUGCUGGCUCUGCUCCUGGCCUUCCCUCAGUACUACUACUCAGUGACAGAAGAGCUGCCUGGACGAAUCAUCUGCUACAUCGAGUGGCCCGAAUACACCGGCUGCGACUACAGAAUUAUGUACUACGUGUGCGUGACAGUGCUGAUCUACUUCCUGCCUCUACUGGUGAUGGGCUGUGCCUAUCUGGUGGUGGGCCUCACUCUCUGGGCCAGUAACAUACCUGGAGACUCCUCUGACCGCUACAAGGAGCAGCUCACUGCCAAACGCAAGGUGGUGAAGAUGAUGAUCGUGGUGGUGUGUACGUUUGCUAUCUGCUGGCUGCCCUACCACGUGUACUUCCUGCUCCACCUGUUCUUCCCCCUCCUGUUUGAGACGCUCUACAUCCAACAAGUCUACCUGGCUGUUAUGUGGCUGGCCAUGAGCUCCACCAUGUACAACCCUAUCAUCUACUGCUGUCUCAACGACAGGUUCCGAGCUGGCUUCAAGCAGGCGUUCCGAUGCUGUCCCUGUGUCCCCGCUGGCUCUUACGAGGGUCUGGAGCUCAAGUCCACACGUUAUCUACAGACCCAGACCAGCAUGUACAAGGCCAGCCGUAUGGAGACCACUGUGUCCACCGUGCCGCACGUGGCCGACGACUUGGAGCCUCCCAGGUUUGGGGCCCUAUCUGGGGCCGGGUGUGAGGCCGGGGCGCGGGGGGUUGGCGGAGGGGGAGUGGGGUUGUGUGCGGUGGCGGCACCCAGGCGCUCCUCUCUGGACCUGACUUCCAACGGCUCUUCGUCCCGCAGCGUCUCCAAGACCGUUUCGGAGACCUCCAGCUUCUACAACAACCUGCCUGAGUAGGGAGGGGAGAGGAGAGUCAGGCGCGACUAAACACUCUCUAUCUCACAAUAUCUGCCAAUGGGGACCGUGUGUGUUUGUAUGCGUGUGUGUGUGUGUGGCCUUGAGCGUGUUUGUGUGUGUGUGUACAUUUGUGUUGGUGUGUGGGUUCCAUCCAUGUGUGUCUUUGCCUAUUUACAUAAUGUCCUUUCAUUGAAUGUUGGGCAUCAAGUCUACCGCCUGUGACUAAGGCUUGGUUGGUUCCCCUUCAGAGGGCAAUGCGCUUUCCACUGUGCCCUGAUUCAAAACGAAACAGGAGUCAGUAGACACUAAGGCCAUAAGUCAUACCUAGCCCACAUUGCCUGAUACCUGCUAUAGACGAGUUAGUUGAGAACGUUGCGAAAACGAUGAGCACGCUUUAAUGGGGCAGAAGGCUGUGUGUUGUUGUGAUUCUGAAUGGCCAGAUAGCUAGCAACAAUGA